AUGGAGGCUCUUGGAGACAAAGUCAAGAAAUCCAAAGGUUUACCACCUUUCAAGAAGAUCUGCACAUCAUUUCCAUUCUUAGCAAUGAUUAUAUUACACUAUGGAAACGUUUGGGGCCUCUAUUUCGUUAUGACUGUGGGGCCGAAAUUUGUGUCGAGCGUUUUGAAUUUCGAACUGCAAGCAGCUGGUGUUAUAUCGGCGCUUCCAUAUCUCGCUAGAAUGCUGUUGGCUACUGUUUUUGGGUCUUUGGGAGACUGUAUAUUAGCAAGGAAAAUGAUGACUACUACAACUAUAAGGAAAUUCUUCUGUCUAUUUUCGCAUAUACUACCAGGAGUUCUACUAGUGCUCAUGGUAUAUACUGGUUGUUCAACAACGUUGUCUGUGAUGUUAAUAACUAUGUCGAUGGGCUUAAAUGGGGCAGCGACGUUGACAAAUCUUCAGAAUCAUCAAGAUUUAGCACCGAAUUAUGCCGGAACUCUGUAUGGUAUUGCAAACGCUAUCGGGAGUACAGCUGGUUUCUUUACUCCUAUGAUCACUGCCUAUUUUACAAGGAAUGGGAACACAUUCGAACAGUGGCGUCCCGUAUUCUUCAUCGGUGCUUCAGUAUAUAUAGUGUCUGCGAUAUUUUUCAUUCUCUUCGGAACGGGUAACAUACAAUCGUGGAACUUUAUUGACGAUGAAGACAAAAAGACUGAAAACCUCAAGGAAAUGGGUGAUACAAAAAACGGCAAUAUCAAAGACUCAAAAGAAACCUCAUUAAACGUCACCCGCGCGUAG